AUGGCAGAAUUCAAAGUGAAGGCUGGAUUGGCGCAGAUGUUGAAAGGAGGAGUCAUCAUGGAUGUCGUUAACGCGGAACAAGCCUUGAUCGCCGAGAGAGCAGGUGCAUGUUCCGUGAUGGCGCUUGAGAGGAUUCCCGCUGAAAUGAGAAAAUCGAACCAAGUAUGUAGGAUGUCGGACCCCAAGAUGAUCAAGGAGAUAAUGGAGGCCGUCAAGAUCCCCGUUAUGGCCAAAGUCAGAAUUGGCCAUUUCACGGAGUCGCAGAUCUUGGAGGCCUUGGGCGUGGACUACAUUGACGAAAGUGAAGUCUUGACCCCGGCCGAUACUGUUGACCACAUCGACAAGAAGAAAUACAAGGUGCCAUUUGUCUGCGGCGCUAGAAACUUGGGUGAAGCGUUGAGGAGAAUCAACGAAGGCGCAGGGAUGAUUAGGUGCAAAGGUGAGGCCGGUACCGGUGAUGUUUCCUCAGCUGUCGACCAUAUCAAGACCAUCUACAAGGACAUUGACGCGGCUACCAAGUUGACCUCCGACCAGGAGGUGGCCGACUUGGCCAAGGAGUUGAGAGUGCCGGUGGAAUUGGUCAAGCAAGUUAUAGAGUUGAAGAGAUUGCCCGUGGUGACGUUUGCCGCUGGUGGCAUUGCCACCCCGGCAGAUGCCGCCUUGUUGAUGCAAUUGGGAUGCGACGGUGUCUUUGUUGGAUCGGGAAUCUUCAAGUCUAGUAACCCCGAGAAAUUGGCCAAGGCUAUUGUCAAUGCAACCACGCACUACGACGACCCCGUCAAGUUGUUGGAAUACUCCACCGAUCUUGGAGACUUGAUGGCUGGUAUUUCAAUCGACUCUAUCAAGGAAAAUGAAAAAUUGGAAAAGAGAGGUUGGUAA